AUGGAGCCUCUGGAAUCAGUGACGUUUGAAGAUGUAGCGAUCAACUUCACCCAGGAAGAGUGGGCCCUGCUGGACACAUCCCAGAGAAUCCUGUUCAGAAAUGUGAUGCUGGAAAAUAUCACCCACCUGGUCUCCGUAGGGUAUCAGAUCAGCAAAUCAGAUGUGAUUUCCCAGCUCGAACAAGGAAAAGAGCUGUGGAGUGAAGCAACAGGAUGCUUCCAAGGCCAGAGUCCAGACGGUGAAAGUCCACUUAGACAAGAAAUGAUAUUCACGCAAAGUGUCUACAGGAAGCACAUAUCUGCCACCAUGCCAAUGGUUCCUCACAUGCAAGGGGAUCCUGUUGGAUGGACUGAUUUGAGUGAUGAAUUUACUCCUAGAUCUUCACCUAAACAUUUAUCAAUUCACUUAGGGAGGAAACGUAAUGAAUCAGUGACGUUUGAAGAUGUAGCGAUCAACUUCACCCAGGAAGAGUGGGCCCUGCUGGACACAUCCCAGAAAACCCUGUUCAGAAACGUGAUGCUGGAAAAUAUCACCCACCUGGUCUCCAUAGGCAUCAGCCGCUAG